GCAGGAACCGGAGUCCGGUAACCGGAGACCGUGCCGCCUGAGCUAACCUGCUCGCCACUCGACGUGCAAAGAGCCAGUUGCAUGAGCCUGGUAAACGUUUCGGGUGGAUAUUUAACCAACAUAUGCUCGUUUAAUUCACCCCUAGAAAGGGUUUUCGGUGUAAAUAUUUAGGUUGAUUAUUUUUCGUGUUUCGAAAGUUUCUCCAGGUGAUUUUGGAAAAGUUGUCUAACUUAAGUUACCUCAGCCGCGAGUGCGGUUUAGCCUAUUUUUUUUGAUCCAUUAUAUUUUUUCAUAAUCCAUGCGCCAUCUAUCAUAUCGAUUUAAAUCAACGGACGACUUCCGCCUUUGAAUAUUUGGAUUUUUUCGUUUUAAUACAUAUUAACUGGGGGGGGGGGGGAAACAUUGGUAAUUCGCACAACACGUCAGAUUCAGAAUGGAUGAGACAGAAAAAUACCAGCAGAGACUGCGGGCUAUAGCGGAGAAGCUGAGGGUGCAGGAGGAGCAGGAGAGAGCCAAAAGAGAAGUGGAGGAUGAGAAACUCAGACUGCAGCAGCUCAAGAGAAAAUCUCUAAGAGACCAGUGGCUAAUGGAUGGCCCCCCCUUAUCUCCAGACAGCGCGGGACCCCGAUCACCUCUCUGGGGUCCAGAGGCUCAGGAGAUAGAAGCACAUGUAGACAAGUUGCAAGGUGUGGCAGCAAAGAGACUACAGACACAUAUGGAGGAUGAUUCAGUUUUGACUCAGCCACACACAGAGGCUUUCAGUCACAAAGAGGGAAGGGACGCAGGGAAGCCAGUCACAGCUGGUCAUCUGGUGCAGGGGGGACAGGAGAAAGGGAAGCCGACCACAGAUGGUCUGCAGAAAGUGGUGGUGACCCCAUCCGCCUUGCCUCUUACCAACGGAGCCGUGGGAGAGGAGAGAUCCCACAGCGGCCCUCAGCAGGACGGGCUGGCAUAUGCUAAUGGGUUCCCUGAUGGGCCGAUCACCUUGACCUUCCUGGGCUUCUCUGACGUGGAACCGGGACAGGGCGUGUGUGACGACGACGACAGCAGCACAAUCAUACAUGCGGAGAGAGUGAUCAUCACCGACGAGGGAGAUGAGAUUACAGAGCUUCCCAAGCGGGACAAGGCUGUAGGAGAGCACGCGGCGGCGGAGGAGGACCAAACAGCAAAGGUGUGGAACCAUCUACAAAUUUCAGUGGACCCUGACUGUUCUGCACUGGACUCGGUUCUCGACAGGAAAGAGAACAACACAGACAUGAGUGCGGCCACCAGCACAGACCUCACCAGGGUGAGCAGCACUGCGACCAGCACAGCGAACAACACAGACUGUGGCACGGACACCACAGCCUCCGGUGUGGUGGAAAAUCCCUCUUACGGAGUCCUGGAGGGCGAGGUAGCGCAUGCCAUCCCUGCCCUCACUAUGGAGCAGUUCCGCGGUCAAACAGUAGAGGGCCAUGACGUGUCACCGAUUCUAGAGCUCUUCAGAAUGCAGUGUUCCACAGGCCCCGUGCAUGAGCCUGCCCUUCACUACGUACAGGUCACGCCACUCUCCACUAACAAGUUCCAGGAGACCCCCUUGAACAGGGCAGGAGAGGGUACCAGGCAACGUUUGGAGAAUGAGCCCUUACUGGCCUCCAAAGCGGCACCGCUGACAGACGCGGCGUGUGCGAAUCGGGCGGAGGGCGCGGACGCCGCAAAGAUGAAAACCUGUCGGUGCUGCAGUGUCAUGUGAUCUUAGUCGCUUGCGACCUGUGACCCGAUGCCCUUCCUUAUCUCGUCCUCUGUUUGUGUAACUCCAGAGCUCCCCCUGUUGGUGUGCUUCCUAAAGCGCGUCCACCUCCUUCCACAUUAUCCUCCGCAACACAAGCGUGUUCGUCAUGUUGUGACAAACAGAGCUCACUUGUGCAUCUCACUUCAGAAGCCCCUGUGUGGCAUUCCUGCUGAAGUAACGCUACAUGGCAGCGUGAGUCUAAACUGAGUCUAGACUGAGACUAGACUGAGUGAGAAAGUGGCAGUUUGGCAGUCGCUUCUUUGUCAUUCAGGUGUCUGAAUGACUGGCACAGUACUGCGCAUAAGCCUUCGGUGCACAGCGGUCUGGGUGUGUGGGUGAGGGCAGAGCCCGGUCCAUCUGUCCUGAAGUUAGCCUGCUUCGCUAAAGGGAGUGCUCUGUACAUUUGAAACAGAACUUUCUGAUUUCCUUCGACCACAAAACCAGCCAGGUAUGACUCAGAAAGUGGCAGACAGACGUUGGAGUAUAUCUGUCAUUCAGAUGUCUGUCCAUCUGUCUGUGGUGCCUGGAGCCAAUCGGAUCCCUCUCUCUACUUGAUUCUACGGUUACACUGCGUCGGAUCAAGUUGCCAUGGCAGAGUCCUCAGCAGCUGGUACCAUCGUCCGUACCCUGACACCAGCUUUUGCGAUAUGUCUCAGUUUCCUUAUCAUUUUAAGACUGAACACUUUUAUUGGAGUGGCUGCAGUCAGUUUGUAUUUUAUGAACUUAACGGUGUCUCUGCUCUCCGCCACGCUUUUGUACUCUUGUAUUCAUGCUGUGUUUUUAUCGCUACAGGGUCGAAUGUUCCCGUGACUUCAGUACUUGCAGUCUAUAAAUGUGUCUUAUUUUUAUGAUUUAACUAAUGAACAUGCAUGGAAUCGUGUAACCUCGUGUAACCUCUGAAUAAUGUAACCUGUGCUGUCCUUUGUUCAAAUGAAAAACACAGGAAACUCAGUUCUUGCUCUUUUAAAUAAUCAGAUGUAGAACCAAAUAGUCUCUGAUCACUGUAUUCUGAAAUGUUAUUUUUAAGCCUGUUAUAAAUUACAGUGCCUGUUCUGUAUGCGUGUGUGUAUGUGUGUGUGUACAGUACACACUGGUGGGGGAUAUUGUACAGACCAUUUGCAGUUGAGCACA